AUGUCUGAAAAGAAUGAUAACGAAAUUGAAGAAACAGUUGCAGUAAAAACUUUCAAAUCACUAGCAAAGGUUCCCUCUUAUGUUUCGGCCGAUAUUUUGCCGGAUUCGGAUUCCUCGUUACUCUUAAUUCAAACCAGCUUGAGCCAGCGUGAUUUUACUCGUAAAGUUAAACGAACAGUCGUAAAGCAAUUGGUCGUAUCAUUGCAUAAUGACGAUGGUUCGUUGCCAAAGGUCAUCAACACCUCCGCGUUCCCCUCAAUCGAUCGGGGAGAUAUGGUUCUGCAAGCCAAAUCACCAAGUGACGAGAAGCUGGUGACCUUGAGAUCUGUGUCGAAUGGCAAAGGCAAGAGUAGAUACGUCGAGGUUUGGAAACAUGGAAAUUUGGAAAGUGCUAUCGACGUCACGAACACUCACGAGGACUUUUACACUGAUGAUGAAUUCGGUUGCUUGAAAUGGUCAAAGGACGAGAAAAAGGUCGUGUACAUAGCGGAACGUAAGGCUCUCGAAGAAUCUAAUGAAAAGAAGUUUGACUAUGUACCAGAUUGGGGCGAAAAGCUUGUGAAUAGACGGGUUCCCGUAAUCGUCGUUGUUGACGUUGAUGACAGUAAGGCAAAGGUCCUGCCUGAAUUUCAUAGUAUCGAUCCGGGGCAGGGGAGGGCCUCACGCAUGGUGUUCAGAGCUCUACGCGCAUUCAUUUCUAUUGGCGGUGCCGAGUUUGUUUUGAUUAAUAGUUAUUGGCGUAGUAGAAAAUCAAUAUUGGCGGUAAACCUGAUCUCCGGUAAAGUUCAGAAUUUGACUUCAACUGGAAGCUGGACUCUGUUUACGGCUUGGGACAAAUAUAUCGUAGCGUCUCAAGGAUUCCCCAACAAAUUCCAUCAGCUGAACAUCGGAAUCAUAAAUGGAGCUAAAGAUAAGGAAGAUAACCUGGAUGUCAAUUGGGUAGUCGUCGAUCAGCCUUAUGUAGAAGAAGGAGCUGCAAAAACUCUAUCAAAGAACGCAUCGACCAUAUUGCAACCUUUCGCAGACAAACCUAACCUGGAGGUCAUCUUGCACCAGCCAAGUGAGACUUCCUCGGGUAGAAAACCUCCUCUAAUCGUCUUACCUCACGGUGGUCCUCACACUUCUUCCAUUGCGGAACUCAGCCUUUAUAUACAAACCUUGGUUUCCUUGGGAUAUGCUAUCAUAGAGGUCAAUUACUCGGGGAGCACGGGGUUUGGACAGGAUUACAUCGAUGCGCUAAUUGGCAAGAUCGGCGAUUUGGACAUAGAGGAAGUUCAGGCCUCGGCACAGUAUUUCAUUGACAACAACUAUGUGGACCGCGAUUCGGUGGCGGUGAUCGGUGGUAGCCAUGGUGGAUUCAUUUCCGGACACUUGAUUGGGAAGUUUCCGGAUUUCUACAAAGCCUGUGUCAUGAGGAAUCCGGUGCUUAAUAUUGGAGGUUUGCCAUAUGAUCUGAAGAAACCAUCUAUAGUUAGGCCAUCGGACUACGCAAAGAUGUAUGAAAGUUCACCAAUUGCCAACAUAGAUAAUAUAAAGACGCCUAUUUUAUUGAUGCUCGGUCAAGGUGACAAAAGGGUGCCGCAUGUCGACGGGUUACAGUGGUGGUAUUACCUCAAGGCUCAAAGAAAGGUGGAUGUCCGUUGUAAAAUGUAUGGCGAGACAGGUCACUCGUUAGAUACCAUUGAAGCCGAAGUCUCGGGCAUUGAUGAAAAAGACCGCGUGCUACCUUUGACCGCACGAUUGGAUGAGGUUGAAACGACUGUAAUGAGGCAAAGAGAAGAUCUUGAUACUCUAACGCAAAAAGUCGAUGAAAUUAUAAAGAACACAAGAACCUCCGAAAACCCGAAUUCAAGCACAACUAAACUUCACAAAGAUGAUCAAAUUUGUCAAUCGUGUCAUUCCUCUAAAUCUGAUGAAUGGUGCCCUUCUUGCGACCCUCAAUAUUUCAUUGACCGCUUUUCCGACUGGACAAGUGGUAACCCGGACGUUGACAGAUUCAUUCGGGCCACACAACGCAAUGCCACCAGCAGAUUUAACUUUUUAGAAUGGAUACCCUAUACAAGUCUAAAGGACGUUAAAUAUAUAGGUAAAGGGGGUUUUGGAAAGAUUUCUUCUGCAAUUUGGAUCGAUGGGCCAAGAUCGAAGUGGAUGUGUGAAACUGGCAAGUGGGGAAGGUAUCCAAACGUUAAGGUAGCAUUGAAGAGUAUCGAAUCUAAGGAUGUGGUUUUUGAGGAGCUACAAUCCUAUCUGCAUGCAAAUAAGAACGUUUUCGGUCGUGUUUGUACACUUCGUAUCUACGGGUUGACAAGAAAUCCCGAUGAUCCUGAAAAAUACAUCAUUGUCAUGUUAUUAGCCGAUGACGGGGACUUGGGUCAAUAUAUAAAGAAAAAUUUUUCGAAGUUAACUUAUCAAAAAAAGCUCGAAAUCCUCUUUGACAUGAUCACAGGGAUCUUGCAAAUUCAUAAGGUUGGACUCGUACAUCGAGACUUACAUCGAGGAAAUGUCUUGUGCCAACGGUUCAUAAAAUUAGAUGAAGGAAGGGAUGAAUAUAGAUUUGCGAUCGGAGAUUUAGGAUUAACUCGUAAGCCUUCAUCGGAUUCCAAAACUUUUUAUGGAAUAAUACCAUAUUGUGCACCGGAAGUGCUCGAAUACGCGAAGUAUAGUUUGGCUUCGGAUAUUUAUAGUUUCGGAAUAAUAAUGUGGGAAUUGAUAUCGGGUGUACAAGCGUUCUCCAACCGUGAACACGACAAGUCAUUAAUGUCAAAUAUUAUUUCUGGCCUAAGACCUCAACCGGUACCACAUACUCCGAAUUCCUAUGAGAUAUUAAUGAAACGAUGUUGGGCGCCCAAUCCUGAUAAUAGACCAAGCGCCCAAGAGAUUUAUGCGACGAUUGGGGUAUGGUUACAGAAUUUAUCAUUCACACCGUAUAAAGGAAUUUCUCAAGAGUUUUUGGAGGCAGAUGAGAAACGAUUAGUAAGGUUGCCGGUAGAAGAAUUGUCCUCGGAUGCAAAAUAUUGCAGUACAACUUAUCAUACUAUAAACCGUAUGGGAUUUUCUCCCAUCUCUAUUGACCCCGAACCCACCGACUAUUUUCACGUACAUAAAUCAUCGAUGCAGCCGACCCUUGUUAUGGUAAAACCUCUCGUUGGGUAA